AUGGCCGGCAACGGGACCCGGAGCCGAACCGGAUGUCUGGACUGUCGGCGACGAAAGCGGAGGUGCGAUGAAGGGAAGCCAAAGUGCGCCAGCUGUCGCAGGCACGGCGUCGUGUGUGUGUACGUCAAGUCGAGCCAGUCUUCGCCGUCCAAGUUUCUCCUCUCCGUGGCAUCUGGCCACUUCAUCACGCCGUUGGAGUCGCCGGCGAGCGAUUCCUUUGUGAACCUUCGAAGCGACGAGCUGGCUCUCGUUUGUCAGCAGUACGCAGACGGCCCCAGAGGGGUGUUGCCGUCGUCUCAAGAGCAGCUCAUGCCGGCUCUGAGCUGGCUGCCAAAGUCAAGCACGCUCCCCGGCGGACGAGAAAGCAUGAUGGUUCAGUACUACUUUGAGGUCAUCAGCAACAGCCGGGUGUAUGUCCCCAGCGAGAGGAACCUCUUCCGGACGUGCGUCAUGCCCAUACUCCUGAGCAGCAGCGGCCCUCUCUUUUCUACCGUCCUGGCACUGAGCGCGGCGGAAAUGGUUCGGAGGACCCCGCAAGACGGGGUAGACUAUGCCGGGGCGGCCAUCCGAUACAAAAUCAACGCCUUGACGCAGCUGCAGUCGAAGCUCAACACCGCUCUCGAGGCGGAGGAGAACCUCCUGACGUGUGUGCUCCAGGCCUCCUUGGAGAUAGCCGAGGGGUCUCGGCCGUCGUGGUUGAGGCAUCUGCGGGGUGCUCUGGCCAUCAUGGAUAACCACGGCGACUGGAUCACGCCUGAGUGCGCCGCUCUCGCGCUCCAGUAUUUUCGAUUUCGAUACGUCUUGAUGAAGACGACCGGAUGUAAAGCGCCGCAUCAUGAUGGACAGACCGACGACUGUGAUGAAGCCAUCCAACGCCUCGAACGGCUCUUGCCAGGCCAAGGGACGUUCCAGACCAUUGACCCCCAAAUCGGCUGUUCGAUGGAGCUAGUUCAGUUGAUUAGCAUGAUCUCGGCAGGUGCUCAGAAGGACGGCGGGUACACGGAAGAGGGAUCACGUCUCGAGAGACGCAUUCGAGAGUUGGACUUUUCCGCCGAGAGCAUGCACGACGACUACCUCGUCAAAAGCGCCGAGUGCUUUCGGUUCGCUGCUCUGAUUUACCUCCAGCUGAUUGUGUACGGCGCUACCGUACGGACUCGGGCGAUUCCGCACUUGUUGCAGACGCUGUUGGGUCAUCUUGGCGAGGUGAUUGUCGAGGACCAGCCGAGGCGAUCGUUUCCAAUGUGGCCGCUGUUCAUCGCGGGGUGUGUCAGUUCCAGUGACGCACACCGCAAGGCUGUUCUUGAUCUAUUCAACCUUCUGGACAGCAAGUGGCCUAUCAGCAAUAUCUCGACGGUGAAGAGGGUUGUUUGGACAAUCUGGCAGACAAGGGACUUUGACGGUGGCGGCGCAACGUCCACGGAUCAAGACUGGCAGGAGAUUAUUGACAGGUUUGGAUGGAAGCUUUCCUUGUCGUAG